AUGUUUCUCGAAAACCUCCAAGGUCAUGCUUUGAUGACCAUGAUCACAUUUGCCUCAGGGGCGGGUUUCGCACUAUUCGGCUACGACCAAGGUGUGUUCGGCGCCUUUCUCGGCAACGAAAGCUUCAUCAAGACCUUCAACGAUCCCGAUCCGACUCUCCAAGGCCAGAUCACUGCGACUUAUGAUCUUGGCUGCUUUUCUGGAGCUAUAUUUGCCAUGUGGUUCGGGGACAGGGUGGGUCGCAAAAUGACCAUCGCAUGGGGAUGUGCCAUUCUGAUAGUUGGCGCUGUCAUGCAGACUGCUGCAUUCCACGUCCCUGUUAUGAUCAUUGGACGUUUCGUCGCUGGUAUUGGAAAUGGAAUGAACACGACUGCAAUUCCUGUCUGGCAAUCCGAGACUGCAGAUCCUCGUCACCGUGGACGGUUCAUGGUUCUGCAGUUAGGACUCAACCAAGUUGGCAACGUCAUGGCCCAAUGGCUCAACUACGGUAUGUCUCAUAUCGCCGCCAACCCUGUCUCGUGGAGAUUUCCUAUCGCUUUCCAGUGUUUCUUCGCUGUUCUCACCGUCAUGUUCCUACCUUGGCUCCCUGAUUCACCACGAUGGCUUGCUAUGCGGGGCCGCAACGAAGAGGCGUACACAAUCUUGAAGAGGCUUGGCGGAUCGAACAGACCGGAAGACGAAACAAAGGAGCUAUAUGACUUGAUGAUGAGCAAUCUACGCCAUGAGGCCGAGAUGCCCAGAUUUCGCUUCAAGUCCCUUCUCAAGAAUGACCGUCUUCAAACGACUCGACGUAUGCUGCUAGGUGCUGGAACCCAAUUCAUGCAGCAAUUUGGGGGCAUUAACAUCAUCAACUACUAUCUGCCUGUUGUGUUUGCAUCGCUCGGGGUUAACCGAAAUCUUUCUCUCAUCCUCGGCGCCUGCAACGCCAUCAACUUGCUGUGCUCAACCUUUGUUGGGGCCCUCUACAUCGAGUCGUUGGGAAGAAAGAAGAUGAUGGUCUAUGGCGCAGCUGUACAGGCUCUCUGCUUUGCUCUGGUGUCUACUGGUCUGGGUAUUAACACUAAACAAUGGCAAGCAGUCGCCGUAGCUUUCAUCUUUGGGUACUACACGACCUUUGGACUAUCUUGGAUUGCUGUUCCAUGGUUGUACCCAGCAGAGGUCAACACUCAGCAGAUGCGUAUUGCUGGAGCCGGAAUCGCAACAGCGACCAACUGGAUCAGCAACUACGUCGUGGUACUAGUGACACCAGUUGGGAUCAGCAAUAUCCAGUGGAGGUAUUACUUGAUCUAUGCGGUCUUGAAUGCCGCUUUUGUUGUUGUUGUCCAGUUAUUCUAUGUUGAGACUGCCAAGUUAUCACUAGAGGAGAUUGAUAACCUGUUUGAGAGAGGCGUUGCUUUUGAUGCGGAGGAAGCUCGUGCUGAAAAGGGUCCACAGGCCGUUCAUGUGGAUGAUAGGAGCAACAACAGCGCCAGGAAGUAG